UCCGCCGUGUCUCACACAUACACACACACACACACAUACACACACACACACACAGACAGCCCAGCAGCGGCGGAGCUAAGUUCAGUCCUGCACACACACACACACACACACUCCUCGCGAACACUCCAGCUGUGCAGCUGCUGCUCUGACACACCGGUCAGUUAAAGUCCGCGCGGAGUCUCACCUGUCACGUGCACAGGUUACAGUUUACCUGUCCAGCGGCUCCUGACGGUUAGCUAGCCGCUCGGUAGCUAGCAUGCUGCCGCCUCAACACGUCAGACUCUCGGAUUAAUUUCUACCGUCAUGACCGAGCUGAGAUGCCGGAGAACGGAGACUCCGGAGGCGGAUACAGAGGAGGACGAGCGCCGGAGAGAGCCAGGUGUGCGCACCGCGCAUGUGAACGGGCCUGUGAGCACAGAGGAGGAGGAGGUGGAGGAGGCUGAUGGAGCAGAUCAGCAGAAAGAUGGAGGUGAAGUUAAAGAAGAAGAGGAGGCUCAACAUAAACAAGAGGAAGCACACAGACCUGAGUCAUCUGCCAGGAGGUCCAAGAUGUCUGCUGCAUCCGUGUUCCUGCAGCGCCUGGUGAGAGUGUUCUUCGGAAGUCUGGCAGCAGUCGCUUGCGGCAUGCUUUACGCCGUUUAUCUGUCAAUGUAUCAUGACAGGAAGUUCUGGUUUUCAAGCAGACAGGAGCUGGAGCGUGAAAUCACCUUUCAAGAAGGCAGCGGGCUCUAUUACUACUACUACAAGCACAUGCUGAAAGCACCGUCUUUUGAAAGAGGGUUCUAUGAGCUGACGCUGGAUAACAAGACUGUUUCAGGUCAGACCAUCAACGUCGUGGAGCGUUUGUCUCUGUAUCCAGAGCUCAUUACAAGCUUCAUAUACAGAGUGACGAGCAGCCAGGACCUCGUGGAGCCGAUCUACUUCUACAUCGGGGCGGUGUUCGGUCUCCAGGCGGUCUACGUCACCGCCCUGUUUGUGUGCAGCUGGGUGAUGAGCGGUACCUGGGUGGCUGGCAUGUUGGCCGUGGCCUGGUAUGUGAUCAACAGACCAGACACAACCAAAGUGGAUCAUGCCAUUCCUCUGCGGGACAACUGGGCCCUGCCUUACUUUUCUUGCCAGGUUGCAGCUUUGACUGGUUUCCUGACUAAUAACAUCAGCUCUGCCACUGAGAUGUUUUGCUAUCUCACCAUGAGUGCCACCACCCUCACCUUCCUCCUGGUCUGGGAACACAGUCACUACGUGCUCUUCAUCCAAGGCCUCUGUCUUUUCCUGCUCGACUCUUUCGAUCUCGUGCCACCACGAAAGAUGGCAGACAUUCACAAGGUGUACCUCAGCUCUUUGUUCCUGGCCUACCUGUUCCAGUUUCAGAACCCGACCCUGCUCAGCUCGCCUCUGCUCAGCCUCCUGAUUGGUUCAGUGCUCGCGAGGUACUUCCAGCAAAAGAUGAAGAUGGGCCCUCUUGUGGCCAGAGUAAUGAAGCUCUUUCUUCAUUUCUACCUGGUCUUCACCACGGGGAUCACGUUCAGUUAUUUGGUCAAGAAACUCGUACCUGUGAGUGAGAGCGACUUCGUGUUGAAAUUUCUUGAAAUGAAGUUCGGGCUCAACACGACGACCGACUUUGUCACCAACUUCCUCCUGUGCCAAGAGAGUUUCCAGACGCCCGGUCAGGACUUAUUCCUACGGCUGACGCAGGCCUCAGUCCUUCCCUUCUACUUGCUGGUUCUCGCCAUCUGCCUGCUGUCCACUCUGCAGACCAUUUACAGAAGACUCAGUGGUCAGCCAAUGAAAACCAACCUCAGGCUUGAAGACGGACGAAUAGGAGAGCAGCCGGAGGUCAUCUACCACGUGUUUCACACGCUGCUCUUUGGAGGCCUCGCUCUGCUGUUUGACGGGAUGAAAUAUUUAUGGACGCCCUACGUCUGCAUGUUCACAGCAUUCGGCGUUUGUUCUCCAGAGCUCUGGAUGACUGUGUUUAAAUGGCUCAAGCUCAAGUCCAUUCACCCUGUAGUGCUGUCUCUGAUCCUGAGCACAGCGGUUCCCACCAUCAUUGGUUUCAGUUUGUGGAGAGAGUACUGCCCCCGUGUCAUAGCAGAGCUGUCGGAUCUGCAGGAGUUCUACGACACGGAUACAGUCGAACUGAUCAGCUGGAUCAGGUCUCAGGCUCCAGCGGCGGCUGUCUUUGCGGGAAGCCCUCAGCUGCUGGGAGCGGUGAAGCUGUGUUCAGGUUCAGCUGUGACCAGUUUACCGCUGUACUCCGACAUCGACCUGCUGAGGAGGACGGAAGACACUUAUCAGGUGUACGCAAUGAGAUCUGCAGAGGACGUCUACAAGAUUUUGACCUCUCAGAAGACAAACUACGUGAUCGUCGAGGAGUCCAUAUGUAACGAGCUCAGCCUCAACAAAGGCUGCAGGAUCAAAGACCUGCUCGACAUCGCCAACGGACACGUUGUUUACGACAAAGGAGAGAUUUACUCUUUCUCCAAGCACGGACGAUUCUGCCAGGAAAUAAAGCUGAACUACUCUCCCUACACAAACUACUUCACUCGGGUUUUCUGGAACCGCUCGUACCACGUCUACAAAGUGAACUCUGUCAUCUCGUUCCAGUACUGACGCAGCUCAUCCCAGCAUUUAAACAUUGUGACGCACAGGGAGGACUGUGACACUCAGAGAAAUGUCUAAUCACUGUUGAGCCUCCCGGUGUCGAUGCAAAUGAAACCAGCUGGGAUCAGCUGAGCCUGCUGUGCUGUUGUUUUGGCCUACAUGAAAGGACUGAAAUAUGCCAUAUUGAUCACUGUACUGUAGUUUUUAUAAGCCAUGCGUUACUGUUACCGUGAUGCAUUUGAUGAAGGGAAGAGGUCGAGAUGUGACGUCUGUGUGUCACUUUGUACAGAAUCGGAUCUGAUUUUUUUUUUUAAGGCUCAUUUUGAGACAAGUAACGUUUUCAGCUUCGUCAGUCUGUCCACCACUUCGGCCCCAACUGUCGGGUGGAUUCAAAUUACAUUUAGCACAGAUAUCAACAGUAGCCAGAAGUUUAAUCAUAAUGACUUUUACUGUAACGUUAGCGCCAUCGGCAUGUCUCAUCAUGUAUAUCUCAUCACCUACCAGAUGGAUGAAGCACAUUGACUUUGGUGAUCCGUCUUUUCCUUUAGCUCCACCACGUCGAUUUGUGACUGACAUGUUGUCACGUUAACACGCUUUAAAUAAUAAGGUAAACAUCUGCUAACUAAACAUCUGCAAGUCAGCAUUGCUGCAUCAGCUACCGCCUAACUUCAGCUUCAACUGUAGAUGUCUCAGGCUCACUUUUUUGGGAUAGUUGUGGUCUAUGCAAAAACUUACAGCUAUGACUACAAUUUAUUAUCCUAAUUAAACAAUUUUAUAAUUAUUUGGGGAAAUAAUUAAAUAUUUGGGCUUAUAAUCGAUCUGUUUAUGUCAAGAUCUAUUCACAGUGUAAUAUUUUAGAAAAAAUUAUGAGUAAUUAAGACCUCAAAGCAAAAUAUUGUCAAUCGUCUCUGCUACUUUCUGCUCGUUUCCUCAAAACAACACGCUGUUGUACGUAUUGUGUACUUUGAACUUAACUUUAAUAGAGAAUAUGUGUCUUUAAGUACGAGUGAGCAGUAAGUGAGUUAAAUAUCAUUCCUGCCGUCUCUCGUCAGCCGCACACAGACGUUACGUGAUGCUUUGCUUCGACAUGAAUGGGGACGUCAGUAUCUGUGGACUGAUUGGUUUUAACGCGUCAUGAGCGCUCUGCUUUUUUAAACAUGGUUUCGUCAUGGAGCAGUUCUAACACAGUGCCUGGCAUGAUAGGAGGAGUUUUAUAUCCAAAUAUCAACUGAAACAAACCAGGACGAUAGAAACAACCUCGCGUCAGCCUUAAAGAGCAGCCGAGGCUGGAUCUGAAGCUGCUCUCGUUUCUGUUGCUUUGUCUUCGUCAUCCUCUUUAUCUGGACGCCUUAUUCUGAGACGUGGGACUGAUCUUUCCAUCCCCUGGUUGUUAACCUUGAAGUGUUAAUAAAAUUCCUUCUGGUGCUAUCGUGCAGGACUUAACCAAUAACUGUCCCUCCCUCUGCAAAAGGCCAUGUAGUGAAUAUUUGUUUUUUUCAAAUUACUUAUGGAGGUUUAAAGUAUGUAUGAGUUGUUAAAUAAAAAGCUUUUUGUCA